UUGAAGAAGAAAAAUUCAGAUUUCCAAUUGUGCCGCUUACUGCCACUAAAACAAAAUAAGAACAAAGGCCUACAAUUUUUUUAUUCUUUUCCAUUUCAUUUCAUUUUCUCUUUCUCUCUCUGUCUAUCUCGCCCCCGCUGUGACGAUGAGCAAGGGACCAGGACUUUUCUCCGAUAUCGGCAAGAAAGCCAAAGAUCUGUUGAUAAAGGAUUAUAGCUCCGAUCAGAAAUUCGCCGUCUCAACUUACAGCGACGCUGGCGUGGCCUUGACAUCAUCUGCUCUUAAAAAAGGAGGGCUCUCAACUGGGGAUGUUGCAGCACUGUACAAGUACAAGAACACUCUACUUGAUGUCAAAGUUGAUACAGAAUCUAAUAUCUCUACCACCCUCACAUUCACUGAGAUCCUUCCAUCUACUAAGGCUAUUGCUUCAUUCAAAUUACCUGACUACAAUUCUGGCAAGUUGGAGGUUCAGUAUUUCCACGACCAUGCAACAUUCACCACAGCCCUUGCUUUGAGCAAGUCUCCUGGAGUUGAUGUUUCUGCCACCAUUGGUACCCCAGCAAUUGCUUUCGGUGCAGAAGCAAGCUAUGAUACUACUACUGGUAAUUUUACAAAAUACACUUCUGGCAUUAGCGUGACAAAACCAGAUUCCUGUGCCUCAAUAAUUUUGGGUCACAAGGGAGACACUAUUAAAGCAUCGUAUUUGCAUUAUCUGGAUCAGUCUAAGAAGAGUGCUGGUGUGGCAGAAAUUUCUAGAAGGUUUUCUACAAAUGAGAACACGAUCACAGUUGGAGGGUCGUAUGCUGUUGAUCACCUGACAGUGGUGAAAGCAAAGCUCAACAACUAUGGGAAACUUGGGGCACUUUUGCAGCAUGAGAUAAUACCAAAGUCCAUGGUGACAAUCUCCAGUGAGUUUGACACCAAAGCCUUGGAGAAGCAUCCAAAAUUCGGGUUUGCCUUUGCUCUUAAGCCCUGAUGGAUGUCUGAAGCGUUUCUAAAUUUUAACACAUUUGAUUUUUUUUCUGCCCUGGGUGGCAAUUUGAAGGGAGUGUCAAUAAGUAAUUCCACAGAUGCAUGUUGUAGGAUUGUGAUGACUGGAUGGAUUCAUUUAAUGCCCUAGGCUUUACCAUGAACUUCAAUUUCUUUCCUCAAGAUUUUUUUGUAGAGUUUGGAGGCAUGUUCACACUUUUGCAUAUUCUACUCUCCUUAUUUGGAGAAAUAUAAAUUUUGAUUCAUGGGAGAA